GUUACACCACUGGUGAGCAUGAAGCCUUCUUUCACUUCAACUAUUAAUAAUUUUACUCAUUUUGGAACUACAGACUUUAAUAUGUGUAUGGCAGCACGAAAUCCGGUUUACAUCCCCCGGGACUUGGUAGACUCAAUCAUCGAUGAGCUCAGAGACGACGCUUCCGCCCUUCGCGCAUGUUCCCUCGUCGGAUGGGAAUGGAGGUUUCACUCCCUCUAUCGCCUCUUCCAGAAAUGUGAUGUUGUUCUUCGAUCCGAAGCGGACUUCCUCGGUUUUAUCAAGUGCGAGUACAUACAUCUCUGCGUCAGGUCCUUGGUCCUUACCUACACCGACACUUCCUCCGGUCGCUGCCCUCCCAUGAUGCCCAACGUCUUCGCUACCUUGAAUAAAUUGGAGUGCCUGACGCUCCGCGGUCGCUACACCAUCAAAUCCAUGUCAUCCGACACUCUCGUAAGCCUUGGUCGUCUAAGCGACUCUAAAGUCGGCGCUCUUCACACCCUCAUCCUGGAAGAACUUGGGAAGCGUGUCUCUCCCCGAAGACUUCCCUCCUUUCCCGCACUCCUAGCCACGUUCACCAGACUCCGAAAACUGAAGAUAUCAUCUUCCACUCAGUUUAUUUCCUUCGGACCAGAAGGGGUGAAGAGCUUGCUCGACGUCGAAGAGCUAGAACUAUCCCAGAUAUGCCCUGGAAGCUGGUGUCAUGUUGCGCAGUUUCUCGAUCGCCGUUUGAAGCGCCUCUCGGUUGAUAUCUGUGCUCUUCAGUCCGACCGAUGCCUGGAAGACCUUUUGCACUGGGCACAGUCACAGCUAGACACGAUUCGGGUCCACCACGGCACCUUCGCUACCGCUCUGUACACGAACCCAAAACUUUGGGGGAAAUAUACUUUGGCGCGGGAUGUUUUCUUCCGCGUCAAAGACCGUCGGUGGAGUAGUAUCUUCGGGACUGCUAACGAGCUCAGGGCCCUAAUGGGAUGGUAUCUUGAUUGCUUUGAGGCCGCUCAAGCGGAGACCUUCUGUGCGAGCUUUGCUUGUGAAAACACAAGGAGUAGCUUGUUCGAUCCGAUCUGUGACGCGAUGUGGACUCGAUGCGACAAAAUGUCCUCGGAAAGCAAAGCGCUAAAACAGUUUACGAUGGAGCUGCAUGGAUUCGAUAUGGAAGGGCGUUUCUGUAAAAGGGCUAUCCGGGAUCGGCUUCCUCGAUUGAGUGAGGAGGGUAAACUAACGGUUAGGGUUUACAGUUCUCACGUUGUUUAAAUAUAUAUCCGAAGAACCUACGUACCUCAUGUCUUGUUCUAUGUACUCAAAGUGUCUACGUUUCGGCAUUCAAGUUCCGCAGCGAACCCUUCCUUGAGAUGUCCAUGCCGACCCGGGAUAAAAUAAUAC